CGCUGUUACCGCCGGAAAGCCGCCCCGCGGGACGAGGGAUGACAGGGGCCUGGCCCUCAGGCAGAGUCUGGGCCACAAAGGGUUACGCAAGGCACCCUGGAGUGACACCACUGCCACCAGCCAGGGAGCUCGGCUCCUUCCUGGUCGGAUCCCAGGCUCGCCUGAUGUUGGAUUGGGGAAGGGGCUAGCAGCUGCAAAGAGGAGCUGGAGCGAGUCAGAGCCCCCCGGCUGUCCAGCUGCCACUGUCACUCUCCCCACCUUGUGCUGGUGGGAACCCACCAUGGAGGAGAUGGUGAUCUGGGAGCAGCACACAGUGACACUGACCAGGGAUCCUCACCGGGGCUUUGGAUUUGCUGUCUCUGGAGGCCGUGAUCGUCCCAACAGGACAACCGGGGACACAGCAGUGUUUGUUUCAGAUGUGGUGCCUGGGGGACCAGCAAUGGGUCAGCUCCAGAGGAAGGAUCACAUCGUGAUGGUGAAUGGCCUUUCCAUGGAGAACGUCCCAUCCUCCGUCGCCAUCCAGACACUUAAAACCUGUGGCAAGAUCGCCAACAUUACGCUGAAAAGACCGAAGAAGAUUCACCUUCCUGUGAGCAAGAGCAGCCCUGGGUCCCCUGCUGUGCCCCGGCACUAUGAUUCAGAUGAAGACUACAGGCUGCACCGCUCCCGGGAUGACCUGGAUCAUAGCCAGGGCUAUGAUGGUGACUCAUCCAGUGAGAGGAGCUCUGGUCACCACCAUGAUGACCGUCGCCACCACAAACCGUCCCGGAGCCGGAGGCGAAGCCAGGACAGCAGCUACUGGAUGCAGAGUAGCUCAGAUCGGAGGGGCCAUGGCCGACAUGGCUCUGCCAAUGCCUUUAGCCAGGACGGGGACGCCAACGGGCUGGCCCUGGUGUCAGGUUUUAAGCGGCUGCCGCGCCAGGAUGUGCCAAUGAAGCCCAUCACGUCAGUCCUGGUGAAGCAGAAGCAGAAUGAAGAGUAUGGCCUGAAGCUGGGGAGUCAGCUCUUCAUCAAGCACAUAGUGGAGAGCGGGCUGGCGGCCAAGGGCAACUCCUUGCAAGAGGGAGACCUCAUUCUGAAGAUCAAUGGGGUAGCCAGCCAGGACAUGUCCUUGGCUGAAACCCAGCAGCUCAUUGAGCAGACAGAGGGGAUCCUGACCCUGCACAUCCUCCGUGACCACCGGCAGUUCCUGGUCAACAUCCCUGACGUUGACAGCCAGAGUGACAGCUCCCGGAUGGACGAUAUCUCAGACAUCAACUCUGAGCUGUCCCAUCCGCCAUCUCCAGAGGCCUCCCCACGAUCUCCAGCUGCUGCCAGGACAAAUUCACUGGAGAGGAGACGAUUGAACAGGGAGCCUGAGGUGAAUGCAGCUGAUGCUCACGGCCCAGGUGAGUGGAGCACUGAGGGGGCUCUGGGCUCCUGUGCAUCUCCACUUCCCAAAGCCCUGGCAGAGCCUGGACCUGUUCCCGGACCAGCUCUCCUUCCUGCAGACCUUCUGGAAGCUGUGGAGGGGGAUGGCCACAGCCCCCACACCAGCCCCGCUGCCCAAGCUGCCCACAAGGACGGGUACAGCACCAGCUCCAGGGUAGUACGGUUUGUGAAGGCCAAGAGUGUGGGGCUGCGGCUGACAGGUGGGAACGACGUGGGCAUCUUCGUGUCAAGCGUGCAGGAGGGGAGCCUAGCUGACAGCCAGGGCGUUCGGGAAGGUGACCAGAUCCUGCAGGUGAAUGACACCAAUUUCCAGAACUUGACCCGUGAGGAGGCUGUGGAGUAUCUCAUGGCCCUGCCCCCAGGCGAGGAGGUCACUCUGUGGAUCCAGAGCAAGCAGGACAUUUACAGGAAGAUGAUCUCGUCCAAUGUGGGUGACUCAUUCUACAUCCGGACACACUUUGACUUUGAGAAGGAUACACCAUCAGGGCUCAGCUUUGUCCGUGGGGAUGUGUUCCACGUGCUGGACACCAUGUACCGGGGCAGGCUGGGGAGCUGGCUGGCUGUGCGCAUGGGCAGGGACCUGCAGGAGCAAGAAAAGGGCAUCAUCCCCAACCAGAGCAGGGCUGAGCAGAUUGCCAGCUUGGAGUCAGUGCUGAAAGCCACUUCUGGUGCCAACCCCUCGGGGGCAAGGGCUGAGUUUUGGAAGCUGCGGGGCUUGCGGGGAGCCAAGAAGAUGCUGCGGAAAAGCCGGGAGGACCUGUCUGCCCUCACAAAGCAGGGACGCUAUCCGCCAUAUGAGAGGGUGGUCCUCAAGGAAGCCAGCUUCAAGCGGCCAGUGGUGAUCCUGGGCCCCAUUGCAGACAUUGCUGUGCAGAAGCUGAGCAGGGAGCUGCCCGAGCUAUUCGAAAUUGCCCCGAGCGUGCCCCGAGAUGGGGCAUCGUCCAAGGUCAUCAAGCUGGACUCUGUGCGGCAGAUUGCAGAAAAGAAUAAGCACGCCUUGCUGGACAUCACACCCUCGGCUGUGGAGCGCCUCAAUUACGUGCAGUACUACCCAGUGGUGGUGUUCUGUGAGCCCGAGAGCCGGCAGGGCAUCAAGGCCAUGCGGCAGUGGCUGGCACCUGACUCCAGGAAGAGUUCCCGGCGCCUCUAUGCCCAGGCCAACAAGAUGAAGAAGUAUUGCAGCCACCUCUUCACGGCCACCAUCAGCCUCAGUGGAAGUGGCAAUGCCUGGUACGAGCAGAUCCAGGACAUCAUAAGGACACAGCAAAACCAGCCUGUCUGGACAACAGCAGAGCAGGCAGAUGUAGCACCUGAGGACAGUCUGGAACUGCUGAACCCACCGAGCACGGUGGCCUCAGGCUACCUGACAUGUGACAGCCACGCCAACAGUGACUACGACGACACGGAUGGAGAGGCGGGCGCCUUCACUGAUGGCGAGGCAGAGGAUGCCUAUGACCAGCCUGGGCUGGCCCGUUCCUCUGAGCCAGCACAGCUGGCCCCGAGCCAUGGCCUGGACUCCUCCGAGCCAACACAGCUGGCCCCAAGCCACAGCCAGAGUGAACAGGUGCCCGAACGGUCACGGCAGGGCAGGCGUUAUGACAGCAUGAGGUACCCUGAUGGGAUCACACCCAUCUGGGGUGGGGAUGGCAGCUACGAAGGGCUGGGGACAGUCCCGGAAGGGCACUGUCCCUGUCAUGCAGAGCCAUCACCACCCUCCUGUCCCCCAGGGAAUACGAACACGAGGCGGUGAGGAGGAGGUUCACACGGGCCAGAGAUGACUCGGACCAGGAUGAAGGCUACGAGUGGGGCCCAGCCAC